CGUGUAGACUGAGUGCGCAGCAGCAGACGAGUGGGCGGGUCAGGUGGUCAUCUAUGGAGGACUCUAUUGACAUAAUUCUGCAGGACCACAGCAGGAUCUGCUCUACCACCAGAGCCAAUCACCUUGUGUCGGCCUGCACAGGUGCCUUGAUUACAGGCCUGUAUGGAGUUUGGAGCCUGUUUGCUCUACCUGGCUUUCGUAAAGUCCCCUGGAACCUCAAGUGCUCCGUGCUAUCAACAAAUAUGGGGAAAGAAGAACAUGGUUCCUUAUUUGCCCUCCAGUAAAGAUCAGACGCUAAACACUAUGAAGCUGCUUGAAGGACGAACAGGCCGCUUAGCAGAUCUGGGAUCAGGAGACGGAAGACUGGUGUUUGCAGCCUCUUCAGCAGGUUUCCAGUGCACAGGCUUUGAGAUUAACUCCAUUUUAGUGUCAUAUGCCAGGAGCAAGGCUCACUGGAAAGGAGUACCCUCAAGUCAGGCAACCUUUGUUAAAAAAGACUUCUGGAAGACUGAUUUAUCUUCUUACAACAAUGUGACGGCUUUCCUUGCUCCAGGAGUGAUGCAUGUUCUUGGAGAGAAGCUGUUGAAAGAGCUUCCUGACGAUGCCAGGGUCAUCUCUUGUCGUUUUCCUUUCCCCGACUGGCCACAUGAGUCGUCUGCCGGCUCUGGUCUUGAUGAGACUUUUGCCUAUGACAUAAGAAGGGUGCGCUCACACCUGAGAGAGCUGAGUGCACAAAGGUCACAAUCUUACUGAUAUAAUAGAUGUUAUCGGCUGUGUGCACUAAUCAGAAGAUAUCCUUCUAAAGGAUGUUUAUGAACAUUGAAGGGAUGAGAGGACUCUGACUAAGCCUGACAGGAUGUCAGGAUGAUUCUGACAUUACUAAGGCCCUGCACUAUUUGUUCACUGCCAGAACAUACUAAGCCUUUUUGAUAUUGGUGACAGCCUUUUGGUAAAUGCAAUCAAGCACUAUUGUCAGGAACAUGGCUUUGACUUUAGAUUUCAAUCUUAACAUCUCUUUCCCUUUCAAUAAUUGAACUUCACAUCACCUCUAAUAAACCUCCUUUGUAUAAUGCAAUAGAAGGGACUGUGUGGUGUUUUCACCUAAUUCUUAAAGUAUGGUCCCAUGUUUUCAUUUUGUAAAGCUGUAUAAACAUUAGUUACCACAACUAAUUUAUUAACCUAUAUGUAAAACAUUUCCUCAGAUAACCACAAACUGAAAACCUGGUCUUUGAAAAUCUCAUGACGAAUGCUUCUGUGUAGAGAAAAGGCUUUAAGUGUAAAUUGUUUGGUUAUGUACAGCAUAUAACCCAAAUAUCACAUGUUUGCCUAUUUUGUCUGCAAUAAAAC